AUGCUUCAGCAUUCAGCCCUGCUCACAAUCUGGUUUAAACCUGUAUUGUUUCUGCAUGGGCUGAUGCUAGAAUCCGAGUCAGUUGAGGCUUUGCCCCUCUGGGAGUCCUCAGAUGAUGCUCUGAAGUUUACAGACAAACACGAAUGGGUGAGAGUGGAAGGGACUGUGGGCACGGUUGGCAUCAGCAACUUUGCUCAGGAAGCGUUAGGUGAUGUGGUAUACUGUGGGCUUCCAGAAGUGGGAACAAAGCUUGAACAAAUGGAGGAGUUCGGUGCUUUAGAAAGCGUCAAAGCUGCUAGUGAGUUGUAUUCUCCACUGACUGGAGAGGUGACCGAAAUCAACACAAAUCUGGCAGAUAACCCGGGACUAGUAAAUAAAGCCUGCUAUGAAGACGGAUGGUUGAUUAAGAUGACCAUAGAGAAACCUGCAGAACUUGAUGAACUCCUGGAGGAAGCUGCUUAUGAAAAAUUAAUCAAAUCCCUUGAUUCAUAAAGGUGUUCAGACCUUCGUUAUUUGUUAUUAUUGAUCAUUCAGAGCCUUUAAGGAUUCCCAAUGGCUACUCUAGAAUGCCGGUGGUAGAAUUAGUACUAAUACAAUUCUUUGAAAUCUAUUUAUUUUGAUUUUGUAAUUUUCUUUUCCACCAAAAUAAUCUUUUGUAAUGUGCUAGUUUAACAAACUUGUGUAUUUUGGAGUCAAAAGCCAAAUAUUUCGAGGGCUUUUGGAAACAGUUUGAGGUGCUUUACAUGGGCUCAAACAAAGAGAGGGCUGGUUCUGCUGAUUGUCUUAAAUAGUAUAUUUGUCAAUAUUAUGUGUGUGACGUUGACGUAACAUGACAUGCAAUAAAAUUGAAAAUGUAACAUUCAA